AUGUCCUCUACUACUCCAUCUACGUCGUCAUCAAACGACUAUAAAUGUUCUGCAAACCAUGUUCCUAAUACUUGGAGUGAGGACAUGGUGACCUCAGACUUAAGAACAGAAACGAGUAUUUCACAACUUUUAGAAAAUUCUCCUCUUCUUUAUACUCCUACUUUAUCGUCUACUGUUACUUCCCCUGAUUUAAGGGAUACUUUAGAGGCAGAUGAUGAGGAGGGUCGUAUACCGCAAACUGGUAUUUUCACGUUACAAGAUUUAAUUAACAUAGAGGAGUUGCGAAAACUCGCGGCAAGCAACGAUUGCAUGUUCACCAGAACGUCAAAUAACUCCACAACUCUACCAAAUUUGGCCCCUUCAAUAACGUCAAUGAAGCCGAUCGCUCCUGCCCUAUUUAGUCCUAUUUCCGCCAUAUCUUCCUCUCCUACUUCUGAAGCUGAUCCUUCUGAACGACAAUCUUCAACUAAUACAGUAUCAACUGAAGAAAAAAAGAAGUCAGCUGGUGGUCGUAAGAGAAAAGCUGAAAGUCUUGAAGAAAAAGAGCAGAGACAAC